AUGUUUACUACGGGAUCUCUGGCGUCAGCAGCGCAAGAUGUCUUGCACGCAUACCAUGCGGCAGUUUUAAAAGGUCAUGACACCCAAAUGCAGUGGAUCCCUAGUCACUGUGGCAUUGCAGGCAACGAGGCUGUGGACGCUGCUGCACGCCGGGCUGUUCAACUCAGGCGCGUCCAAAUGAUGCCCAUUUAUGUCAACAAGGGCGAUGCGGGGCGAAUGCUCAACGAGCUUAAAGCAACAAAUGCGCAGCGCCUCCUGGUUAACAGGAUCUACUUGGGAUCGCUUCUGUACAAUGUCGACCCAGAGUUACGCUUUCGAGUUCCACCUUCCUUCACGCGACAAAUGACGACUGUCCUACAUAGGCUACGACUCAAUGCACCGUACAGCGCACAUGUCCUCUUCAAAGGAAAGCGAGACUCUCCGAACCGUAGUGAGUGUGGCGUUGUAGAGGAUGUGGAACACAUCCUUCUCAGGUGUCCGAAAUACGUUGAUGUUCGAAGGGCAUUAGAGACGAACCUCUCUCUUGUGGACUCCCGAGCCUUCGACAUCGCGAAACUAUUAGGUCCUCCGUCGUCCGACAAGGCGCUAAGGGUACUUCAAGACUUUCUGCAUACAACCGGGCUUAUGGACAUUCUAUGA